AUGUUUGAUAACUCUCACUACCCCUUCAACUGCUUCAACUACGAUGGAGACGGAUACCCUUCUUCUAGCACGGAUGAAGAGAAGAAAAUGUGCAGACCCGCGUACAGCUACAUCGCUCUGAUAGCCAUGGCGAUCCAGCAGAGCCCCGACCAGCGGGUCACUCUUUCCGGCAUCUAUGAAUUCAUCAUGAGGAGAUUCCCCUACUACCGAUCCAACCAGAGAGCCUGGCAGAACUCCAUCAGACACAACCUGUCUCUCAACAGCUGCUUCAUCAAGGUUCCUCGGACUGAGGGCAAUGAGAAGGGAAAGGGAAACUUCUGGACUUUUGCCACUGGCUGUGAAUCCAUGCUCGAUUUGUUUGAAAAUGGCAACUUUCGCCGUCGCAGACGCCGGAGGAACAUGAAAAUUAGCCUCCGUGAUUCAGGGGAAACCCCUUUCCACUCUUUGGAGAGUCACAGCAAUGAGCACGCACCCACAGCUCAAUGCCCUGAGCCCGACUCCACCUUCUGCCCCUUAAACCCUGAGAGGCCAAAGCCCAGUUCCCAGCAUAACCACCUUAUCCCUAACCCCACACAGCAGGGAAAACCAGAGUCAGAGAUCAAGUUCAGCAUUGACUACAUCCUAUCCACUCCAGAUCCACCCCUGUCUGGGCUCAGAUCCUCCCAUGGCCCCGUGCAUAUAGGGCCCACUGGGCCGCCAAUACAUGUUCUUGAGCCACAGCAUCUGAACCUGCACUUCUGGACUCUGUAAGAGGAGAACGAAGCAGACAUUAAACUUAUGCCUUCAUCACGGCCUGUGUCUAAAACUGGGAAGUACAGGGACAUGCGAGGACGAGAAUUCCAGGAGGAAUUUUACUUGAAAAUGUAAAUGCGGAAAUAAAAUAAGGAGGUACAGUAUUGUGUGGUGGAAAAUUUAAAGAAUACAUCUGGGAAUUCAUCCAAGAGAUGAACUUUGAACAAAACACAAUAAUUCAGCAGAGGAUAUUAUCAUUAUACUGUUUGUGCGGUGUCUAGUGCUGACAUA